GAGCUCGCGGCUUCCGGAGGCGCCCGAGGUCGGCGAACUACAUCCCGGGCGCGCGGGGAGCCGCGGCCGCCGCCCGCACCGCCGUCCCCGGGCCCGAGCCGGCGCGCCCCGCGCGGCGCCCGGCCCGCUCCCCUCCCGCGGCCGGCGCGGAGCAGCGGAGAGCGAGCGGCGGGUCGGCCGCCGGCGCCCGGGCCGCGGAGCCGAUGAGCGGCGGCGGCUGAGGGCCCGGGCCGGCCUGUGCGCGCCUCCUCCCGGCGCCCGAGCGGGGCCGCAGCGCCCGGGGCGCGGGCCGGGGUCGCGGCCAUGGAGGCGGACUGACGCUCCCGGGCGGCCGAGCGCGCUCUCUCCAGCCGCGGGCCCUCCUCGGCGGCGGCGGGCGCCCGGCCCGGCGCGCUCUGCCCGGGGCGCCCGCGGCAGGCUCUGCCGCGCUCUAUGCGCCUCUGCGGGCGCCGCGGGCCCGGGCCAUGGCGAUAGACCGGCGGCGCGACGCGGCGGGCGGCGGGCCCGGGCGGCAGGCGCCCCCGGCCGAGGAGAACGGCGCCCUGCCGCCCGGGGACGCGGCGGCCUCGGCGCCCCUCGGCGGCCGCGCGGGCCCCGGCGGGGAGAUCCAGCCGCUGCCCGCCGCGCACCCCGCCGGCGGCGGCCCGCACCCGAGCUGCUGCGCCGCCGCCCCGAGCCAUCUGUUGCUGGACUACGACGGGUCGGUGCUGCCCUUCCUGGGGGGCCUCGGCGGGGGCUACCAGAAGACCCUCGUGCUGCUCACCUGGAUCCCCGCGCUGUUCAUCGGCUUCAGCCAGUUCUCGGACUCCUUCCUCUUGGACCAGCCCAACUUCUGGUGCCGCGGGGCCGGCAAAGGCUCCGAGCUGGCGGGGGUCACCGCCACCGGCCGGUGGGGCGCCGGCGACUUGGCCAACUGGACCAGCCCCCCGCCCACCCCCUUCUCCACUGCCGCCUGGGGGGGCGCGGGCAACCUGAGCAACAGCAGCGAUGCGUCCGGGGGCGACACGCCACCCCUGCCGUCCCCGCCGGACCAGGGGGACAACGCCUCCAACUGCGACUGCCACGCGUGGGACUACGGCAUCCGCUCAGGCCUCGUCCAAAACGUGGUCACCAAGUGGGAUCUUGUGUGUGAUAAUGCCUGGAAGGUCCAUAUCGCUAAAUUCUCCUUGCUGGUUGGAUUAAUCUUUGGCUACCUAAUUACUGGAUGCAUUGCUGACUGGGUCGGCCGACGGCCUGUGCUGCUGUUCUCCAUCAUCUUCAUUCUGAUCUUCGGACUGACUGUGGCCCUGUCCGUGAACGUGACCAUGUUCAGCACAUUGAGGUUCUUCGAAGGAUUUUGCCUGGCUGGAAUAAUUCUCACGCUAUACGCAUUACGAAUAGAGCUGUGUCCCCCGGGAAAACGGUUCAUGAUCACAAUGGUGGCGAGCUUCGUGGCCAUGGCCGGCCAGUUCCUCAUGCCCGGCCUGGCCGCCCUGUGCCGGGACUGGCAGGUGCUGCAGGCCCUGAUCAUCUGCCCCUUCCUGCUCAUGCUGCUCUACUGGUCGAUCUUCCCAGAGUCCCUCCGAUGGCUGAUGGCGACCCAGCAGUUUGAGCCAGCCAAGAAGCUGAUCCUGUACUUCACGAAGAAGAACUGCAUGAGUCCGGAGAGUGACAUCAAAGGCAUCCUGCCAGAGCUGGAGAAGGAGCUGUCGCGCAGGCCCAAGAAGGUGUGCAUCGUGAAGGUGGUGGGGACCCGGAACCUGUGGAAGAACAUCGUGGUCCUGUGUGUGAACUCGCUGACGGGCUACGGCAUCCACCACUGCUUCGCCCGCAGCAUGAUGGGCCACGAGGUGAAGGUGCCGCUGCUGGAGAACUUCUACGCCGACUACUACACCGUGGCCAGCAUCGCCCUGGCGUCCUGCCUGGCCAUGUGCGUGGUGGUCCGCUUCCUGGGCCGCAGGGGAGGCCUGCUGCUCUUCAUGAUCCUCACGGCCCUGGCCUCCCUCCUGCAGCUGGGGCUCCUCAACCUGAUCGGAAAAUACAGCCAGCACCCAGACUCAGGCAUGAGCGACAGCGUCAAGGACAAGUUCUCCAUCACGUUUUCCAUCGUGGGCAUGUUCGCCUCCCACGCGGUGGGCAGCCUCAGCGUGUUCUUCUGCGCGGAGAUCACCCCCACCGUGAUCAGGUGCGGCGGGCUGGGGCUGGUGCUGGCCAGCGCGGGCUUCGGCAUGCUGACGGCGCCCAUCAUUGAGCUGCACAACCAGAAGGGCUACUUCCUGCACCACAUCAUCUUCGCCUGCUGCACGCUCAUCUGCAUCAUCUGCAUCCUUCUGCUGCCCGAGAGCAGGAACCAGAGCCUGCCAGAGAACAUCUCCAAUGGGGAGCACUACACGCGGCAGCCACUCCUCCCCCACAAGAAGGGGGAGCAGCCGCUGCUGCUCACCAACGCGGAGCUCAAGGACUACUCGGGUCUGCACGACGCGGCCGCCCCCGGGGACGGGCUGCCGGAGAGCGCCACGGCCAACGGCAUGAAGUCCAUGUAGUUCCAGGCAGGUGGCCAGGCCAGCGGGGGGCCUCCUGUGGCUGGGGCGGGGCGCCCACCUGUGCUGCUGAUGCCACCAAAUUGUGAGACUGUCAAGUGGUGUGGGGAAUCCUCUCUUUCCAAAACUCUGCGGAUCAUGUGUUUGAGGAAGCAAAGUCUUUGGAAUUAGCCCUCAAAGACUUUCUUUUCUGCCAUUAAAUGUUUGUAUUUAUUUUGGUCAUUUUUACGAGAAGCACUUUACUCCCUUUCCUCUCACUGAUUUCGAAACAGAACCACCUCCUGACAAGGAAGAACGUGGUAGCCCUCGGAGGAUGUGGCGUGUGACCAGCACUGGGCGCCCCUUCUGGCCCAGCUCUCCAGGAGGCUGGUGGCGCCUCCGUGGCCGCUGCCUGUGUGACCAGCCACCCCGCGUUUCAGGCCAGCUGGAAUGUGAGCCAUCAGGCUGCUCCCGGGGUGGGGUGCGUCUGGGUCUCGCAGGAGCUGGCGCAUCAGGUGAGAGCUUCUGUGCCGUGUCGGGGGACAGCAGCUGGCGGGUGUCCUUCAGACCAGCCUAGUCUUUCCUUCAUGCUCAUCCUGUUGUACUUGAGGCUGGAAGCUCUGUGGGGAAAGCAUAAAGGCUUCGUCAGUGCUUCUGGCAGUAAGGCCGCUGUUCCCACAGUCACAGCCACAACUAGCAGACACCCGGGGAUCGGAGACGCGCCCCUUGCGCAUCGAUCCCCUCCCAGAGCUCGCUCCAGCACUACUUGAAAACAUGGCUACUUUCUGAACUAAAACCACUAGAACUACUGACGUAGACAACAAAGGCAACCCCGCCAGAGAGGGGAUGCUCUCAAACACGGCCCGUCCCCCCCAUCUUGAGCACACACCAUGUAGAAAUCACCAGCCUGGAUGACUGUCCCUCACUAACUCGCUGCUCAGAGCCCGGACCACCUGCAGGAGCUGUCCCCUUGCGCCUGCCACCUGCCCGCGCAGGGAGGCGCAUGCAAGAGUGGCGUCUCCAGGUGAGUCCACUGGCGUCAGUCUCUUAAGCACCAAGACAAAUGGAGAGAAGCAAUAACCCACCAAAGUCCAGCCCACCCCCCCGGCGCCAAGGGCUUGCUGUGCUCCUGCGCCCCAACGACGACAGAGGCUUCCUUCCUCUUACCUCUCCGGGUCAGGCCAGUCCACCUGUCCAAGGGGUGCCCAGAGGAAAGGCAGAGGCUCCUCCAGGAGCCGGCAGGUGCCACCUUGGAGCAGUGCAGACACCUGGCAUUUUGGACGGCCUGGGCUCUUCCUAGAAUCGCCACCUCCCGCUCAUGCCACGUGUCUGCCUCAGCAGGGGCCUCUCACCACUGCGAAGCCAUUUGGUCUCUUCCAGCCAAUGGUCGCUAGGAAACAAAGGGCCAGAGUGGGGUCAACUUCACUUCCCUCUCCCGCUCCAGCUCCCCCAUCUGUCCCUCACCCUCGCCACUCACCUCUCUCCUCCGAAACCAGUGGACAGCAGCAGGCGCCCGCUGAGCAACGGUAACGCUGGUGGGGUGGCUCCGGCGCACGCAGCCUGUAUCUGCUGGUGGCACUGGCGGGGGUGGGGGGCCUCCACAGCCUGGUUCAAGGACGGGGCUGCUGGGGGGGCUGUCUGGCCAGUCUUCCCCAGCUCCCUGCUCAUCCUUGCUGCCCCGUUGUCUUUAAGUCGCCUUUGUUCUGUGUUUCCAUGUGAGUCCGCAUUCACCUUCAUUUGAAAGGCCUUUCUUUGUGCCCCUGCAGCCUUUGCGUGCCAAACUUGUGAAAUACUACCUUUUGCCUUUUUUAGAGUACUUACACAAAGCCACCUGGCAGCAGGCCCGCUAAGGCCAGGACAUGAUACACGCAGAGGCCAGGCCUGCCGGCAUAGGGGGGUGGGGGUGGGAGGAGCCAGCAAGGCCCCUGGGCACACACCUGGCCGGGUAUGUGUCCAACCUGACACCACCUAAGGCCUGUGAGUGCUUGUGGUCCCACACACUCUAGGGGACAUGUUGAAGCUUCCCGGGCCACCAAGCUCUCCAGGGGCAGAAGGGCAGCCCUGAGAGACUCCCACUCCAGGGCCUCUGGUCUCCAUCUUAAGUGACAACAGAAAUGCGGGGCCAGUCCAGACGGCGCCGUCCCCAGGAGCGGGACUAGCUCGCAUGAUGAGCCCACGGUGGGCCGGGCUCUUCAACCAGUCUCCCGGGUAUGGGCAACGCCAACUUGCUGGCGGUUGGUAGGAGGCAUCCCUGGGCCGGGGGCCCUGGUUCUGGCAUCUGGCGUCCGGCAUCCAGCGGCCUCAGGAUAAGGAGCGCAACUGUGGUGGCACCGGCUCAGCUGCAGGUCACCUGACGCUCCGAGGAGCACCUUUGCAAAACGAAGCCAAAGCAGUAAAGCUGCCCGGUGGGCCGAGCCCCCUGAAGCCCCGUACCAGUGAGAAGGGCGCCGGCCCGCCUGACCCCACCCAGUCCUGCCUCACUCUGGGUGGGAGGAGGCUGCAUGGCUGCUCAGCCCUGCUUCCUCCUGCUCUGGGGAGCACUUCUCAGGCACCUGCCAUUCCACAUCUGCCCUCCAACCACCCCCACCCCUACUCCCAAGUGCUGCCACCGCUCCGGUGUGGGUAGGGGGGAGCUGUGGCACUGUAGGCACAAUGGGAAUUCCCUACACAGGGUGGGAGGGGCCUCCUUCUGUUCUCUUCCAGAAGUCUGUAAGGAACCCCAAACAUUAGCACCGGAGACAAACAGGAAACUGUCCUUAAGGGUUUUGUUUUCUACAAAGGGGGUCACCACUCAAAAGGAGAGGAAGGGGGCUGCUGAGUCGGUUUGGCCACAGAGCAGAGACAGCAAAAAUACGCCUUGGGAAGGAAGCGCUGCCACUUUCUACAGCCAAACCAGACAGUGGCAUCACCCCGGCCCCACCCCGCGCGCGUGCCGGGAAGGCCCAGGCUUCCUGUCUCAAGGGCACCCCGCUUUCAUAUGUGUUCUGGAAAAGCAGCACUGUGUGUCCUGUCUAGUGGGGGAUACCCCAGUCCCUCCCGCGCCCCCAGCGGUGGUCUCUUGUGUCGGGGCUGUGUCCUGUGCACAUCCGCGGGGCCUGGAGGUGCUUGCUCACAGCACAAGCCUCAGUCGAGCUCCCAAGUGUCGUUCAAAGCUAAAUGUCUGCAUGAUGUCACACCUGUUGUACCUUCGGGGAAGAUUUGUAUGUAAAUGUACAGAAAUAAAAAUGUCGCCCCAUUAACAAAUUUCCUCUGGAAUGUCUUCCCUACCUCAUCUGAUGGUACCCAACGAAGGGCAUUUCACGACCAUUGACUACAAGUAAUAAAAACUCUACCUGUUUAUCCAGAUCUCACUGCGUCCCUCCUUAGCGCCUGUGCCUGAUGCUGGCUCUCCCGGGGACAGUGGGGGGCCUCUCUCUGCCCGGGCUGUCCCAGUCUUAAAGGCAGGCGGAACCCAGACACAGGGGCCAGCGGUCAAUCUUGGAGUCUUUUCUCCCGUGCGCUGACGUCCUGCUGACCCAGGGCCUGCUGCUCCCUAGAGAGGUUGAGAACUGAUUCUCUUACACUGUGACUCUGUGAGGAAAGACUGGUACCCCAAAUCCUAAUGUCGUAUUUUUUAACAAAAAAAAAAACUAUUUCUUUAAUAAAGUAUUUAUA